UGAGGAAAACACUUCACGUUUAUACAUAGAAAAUUUUAUUGACUUAAAUCAUGAAUUAUUAACAAAUAAUGUUGAUAGUGAUUUAACUGAUGAAUUUGUUGAACAUGGUGAUGUUAAUUUUGAUAUUGAUAUUGAUGAAAUAUUAAAUAGAGUAGAAAGUUGGAUUAUUUGA